CAGUUAACUUCCACAGUGCACAGAUAGACCGGCUUUAUCAUUUGUUUACAUUGUUUAGCUUGAGCUACAGUGACUGGAGAUAACACUCCUGUUAUUGAAAAGCACAAUAGGUAACCACAGUUCAAAACCCCUGACGUACCUAUAUCUUUCUGCAUUCAGACCAGGAGUUUGUGCGCUUUAUCAGUUUGGGAUUCACACGAGUAAGCUCAUCUCCUUGGGACUGUGGCUCAUCAGGAAUAUUAAUGCUUUUUGGCAUGAGGCAACCUGUCAGCAAUGGGCCUGUGACCUAAUUUAAUCUCUCAAUUUAUAGUUCAAGAUUCUCAAGUCUACAUCGUCAAACUUUAAGAAAGUGUAAAAAUGUUUGCUGCACUGCCCUCUCUGGGGUGAAAGAUGUGAGCAUGUUAUGCUUCUGUCCAGUGACGUCACAGCACUUUAAUGAGUGAGAACACCUUAUUUGGCAUCACUUAUUGGUGUGUCUCAAACCAGAGAGGACAGUGCAUCAGCAUAUUCCUGCUUUAACUGAUCUAGUAUGGAUUUACCUCAGAUUAUAACCACAAACUGAGCCCUGUGUGGAUCCAAACUAUUGUGAGAACACUCAAUGGGCCCACCAAGUGAUACCAAGUAUCAGAACAACAAACAACAGGCCAGAUGGGGCAAACACAAACCAAGCAGCAUUAAUCAGGGAAGCAAGAGUGUGUGAGACUAACCCGUUACUUUUAUACACACUGGAUUGUCAGAUAGUCCUUAGUGUUGUGGAGCUGUCCUGUGGUAACCAUGACGACUGCAGAGCCACCUAAUGGACUGUGGCACCGAAAUGUGAAGUCAGAUGAGAUCUCCAGUCAUGCCGAGGGCCAUAAUAAUGGGCAGGAAGAAGAGCUAAGACAGUGGCAGAAACAUGCACAGAAGGUGAAAGUGAAAGUUCUGGAGCAGGUCCAGGAUCAGCUCAGUGAUAUACUAGACAAAGCUCUGACUGAGUCUGUCCAGCCUUUGACCCAAAUCCAACCAACAGUUAAUGGAAAGAUGACAAAAAAACCCUCAUCCAGAUCUCAGAGAAUGGAUGACGGCAAAGUUUUUAUGGCCAGGCCAUCACUGUUGGAUGAACUGUUUGAGAUCAACCACAUCAGGACCAUCUACCACAUGUUCAUAGCUGUACUCCUCAUCUUCUGCUUGAGCACGCUGGCUGUCGACUACAUCGACCAGGGCAGGUUGGUCUUGGAGUUCGACCUGCUGUUCUUUGCCUUUGGGAAGCUGGGGACGGUCACCUGGGCCUGGGUUGUGAUGUUUGCCUACACCUUGUUUGUUCCCUACUACACCCUGGUGUUUUGGGGAUCUUUGUACCACAGCUUCCCCUCUAAGUUGGGGCUGUCUCUCGGCACGGGCUUGGUCCUGUCUGCAUUGCAGACCUUUGUACUGGGACAGUUCCCCAUCUACGUGGUUGUACACUAUCAGCUGCCACCAGCCUCGCGGUUUAUUGUGAUACUGGAGCAGAUUCGAUUCCUGAUGAAGAGCUACUCGUUCAUGAGAGAAACUGCUCCUGUCCUUAUGAAGAAUACACCAAAGGAAGGAGAAAGUCCCAGAUUCCCAACAUUAUCCAGCUAUCUGUACUUCCUCUUCUGUCCAACACUCAUCUACAGGGAAUCAUAUCCUCGGAAUUCCCACAUAAGAUGGAAGUAUGUUGGCAUCACACUUGGUAUGAUCUUGGGAUGCCUGUUUUACGGCUACUUCAUCCUGGUCCGUCUUUGUGUUCCCGUCUUCAGACCUGAGACCAACCAGCCUUUUAGUAAACGAACACUGGUUCUGGCUGUGUUCCACUCAAUAUUACCAGGUACUCUACUUUCUACUUUCUACCGACAUGAAGCGUAUUGUAUCUUGGACUGGUGGAACUCUACGUCUUUCGCCAAUUAUUACCGUACCUGGAAUGUGGUGGUUCAUGACUGGCUCUAUUACUAUGGAUACAGAGACUUCCUCUCGCUGUCGAAAAGGAAAUUCCGAACAGCUGGCAUGCUCUCGGUGUUCAUCGUCUCUGCUGUCGUCCAUGAGUACGCCUUUACAAUGGGCUUCGGCUUCUUCUAUCCUGUCAUGUUCUGUCUCUUUGCCGUCUUUGGAGUGGUGUUCAACUUUACCAUGAAUGACAAGCGUCAGAGCCCCGUUUUCAACGUCAUCAUGUGGGCGUGUCUCUUCGUCGGUCAGGGUGUCCAGGUGUGUCUGUACUGCCAGGAGUGGUACGCCCAGAUACACUGCCCUCGGACAGGGAAUAGUUUCCUGGAGUUGGUGACACCUCGGUCAUGGUCCUGCAGAUGAAGCAGCCUUUACCUUGGGUUGGAGGGAUAAGGGAUGAAAGGAUGGAGUGAAAUUCAUGAUUGACUGAACCUAGAAGAGAGCAAGGAAGGACAACUUGAAAUGUAAAUAUAUAAGAUUUUCAGUUUUUAGUGGGUAAGGUUUUUUGGGUCAAGAUGUGACUGUAUCUUUAUAUUGUUCAGGUGUGAAAAUAUCCAUACAUUGGUGAUGUAUCACAUCUGAAUUACUUAAAGUUUUUAUUUGUACCAACAGUAUUAAAUACUGUUUAAUAAUUAAUAGUUAAACUUUCUUUCUUACUGCUCAUAGAAUAUCAUACAGUAAGCAAACUGUUGCAUAUUAAUCAAGGAGUAGCUUGUUUAUUGACCAAGUCUUUAUCGAGUGCAAAGUUUUGAGAAAAUGUCUCCAUGUUUGUGUGUAUGUAAUAAAUGUUAAUCAAUGAGCUGGUAGGCAGAUUCUUGACCUUUGGACAGAGCCAGGCUAGCUGUUUCCCCUGUUACCAGUCGUUAUGCUAAGCUAAUCACUUCCCGACUCAUCGGGUAAAAAUGUACUGUACAUAUUUUUUUACGAGUACAAGAGAUCUUAAUUUCUUUACCUCCUUGAAUGUAAUUCUUUGAAUUAUUAAAUGUAUCGAAAUGUUGUCAUAAGCCGUCAGACGUAUCUCAAACUCUGAUCUCUAAAUAAAAGAUGUAAUUGCAUUUUUAAUUCUCCUGUAUUUAAAGUAAGGCUAGAUUCCAAAACCUGAAACAGGACUCUUUUUAUUCUCGUCUUGUUGCAGCUUUGUGUCUUUGGUUUUGAUUUUUUAGUUGCAGAAGACGUUUCACAGACGUGCCGAAUCAGUGACAAUUUAGAACAGGUAUUGCAACAGUAAGGGCACCUGGCCUGUGUGUGGCAUGUUUAAUCUAGCCUUGGUUGACAUUCGGCUGGCGGGGAUUGGUUGGGAGAGCAGGUAUGUUAACCAACCAGCGACAGGCAGCAGUCUUAUCAGUCAGCCACAAAGCCUCUGUUUGUCUGCCUGCCAUGUCCCUCUGAAGUCAUACAGGAAGAAGAGGAUUAACAUCGGUACAGUGUUUGCAUUAGUGAUGUAAUGCUCUGUAAACUGAUAUACUGUAAUACCAUGAGAGCUCAGAGAGGCACAGUUUCAGAGGCAGUUUUUAGUAGUAGAAUUGAAUAUACUUGUGUCUA